GAAAAGGCAAACCAUGGCAGGUACGGAGUCCAGUGCUACGCCUCCCAGCAUCCCUAUCAGUUCGAUUUUUAAACGAAUUUUAACGCCAUUGGCACCAGCGGGGCGUUCGGAGCUGACGGGAGAGGCUUCGCUGGAGGAGGCUUCGGUGUUGUCGGCGAAGGAGAUUUUAGCGCGCCGGACGAAGCGUCGCAGGAUGGAAGCCGCCUCCCCAGCUGCUGCUCCCUCCGAGCCUUCGGCUCCUGAAGCCACCAAUGCUCCUUCAACGGCUUUAGUCUUACCGGAGACUCUACGAACUCCGAACGAAAUCGACUAUUGCGCUGAAAUUCUAAGGAACCUUACGGAGUUCCAAGGUCUGGUCUCUCGACGAGAGUCCGAACUUCAAACUCGGAUCAUCUCCCUGGAGUCUGAAGUGGAAAGGCUUCGAGGGUUGGAAUCUCUUUCUUCCCAAUUGUCGGGUCUCGAGCACCGUGUUCAUAUUUUAACCAAGUCUGUGGAGCUGGCGCAAGAAGAUGCCCGACUUGCCAACGAAGCCGAAGCUCAAGCUCGGGAGGAUUUGGAGUUGGUCCAGAAGAACAUGCUUGAGGCUAAUCAGGCCAAUUCCCGACUUGGGGAGGAGCUGGAUUCCACUAAGGUUGUUAAUCGCCAGCUUCAGGAGGAUAUAAAAAGACUCACUCUAGAGCUGAAGGAGGCCAAGAAGGGACAGGUCGAAGCGUUGGAGUCUUAUUCCCGGUGCAAAGAAGACCUUCGUACCGCUCAUGCCCAACUUCAAUCUGCCCUCAAGGAUGCCCAAGUGGCUUUUCAGAAUGGUCGAGAGGAUUUCCGAAGCUCUGAAGCUUAUGCCGCGGAAUUAGAAGGAGUUCUUCGGGGUGGGUUUGAGCAUAUGAGAAAACUCAUCAAAGAGCGCUUCCCGAACUUGGAUGUAGACUCCAUCCCCUUCGAUGUUGUCGCCGCCUUGUCUUCUUUAGAGUAGUCAUUUUUUGUAUUAAAACCUGUUGUCGUAAUAAUAAAAGUGUUUAGAUUUUUCACACAAUUUUCUUUUGAAAAACAAGAAAAAGAAGGCCGCUUGGGAUCAGG